CACUUCUGACCCAGAGUCAAGGCUGUUGGAUUACGGGCCUGGGUGUGCAUAUUACCUCUAAGCGCCCACGGUGACCCCAUCUUCUGUUCCAGAUGACGGUCAUAUCCGUGCCCAGACACCGUGAUGGCUCCAUGCUAUUUCAUUUUCUUCCCAGCAAGGAACCAUUGGUGUCCGCACUAUCCUCCGGAUAGGGGUUUCCUAGAGGUUUAAAAGCAAGACUUGUUUGCUACUUGACUUUCAUCGCUUCAACGACCUUCUACAAAUCAACCAUGUCCACAUCAGGAGCUGUCUCACAGUCCGCGAAUAUGUCUGACCUUCUGCCCACCCACUUCAUCGGGACCACCAUGAACGCAGUGCAAAAUGAUGAGGGGAAAUUCCGCAUCUACUUCCAAAACAAAGAUUACCAGAUUCACGAAAUGUCGUUGAACGACCCGAAGAGCACGGCGUACACCCUGCUCAAACUCACGAACAGCAACAUUCCCGCUGCUCGUAUCAACACGCCCAUCGCAGCCGUGGCGAGUAACGACUUAGAAGAGAUCCACGUUUUUUACAUCACUGUGAACAGCCUUGUACAGGAGAUUUGUUACUCCAAGCGUCAUGGUUGGCAGAAAGGCGCGACCAUUGGCAUCGCUGUUGAGAACAGCACCUGCUUGUAUGCGCAAGGACGAUCUAGCCACGGUACCAGUGCCAGUCACCAUGAGGCCAUGCUCAGAGUCGGAUUUCAGUCUGUGGUUGCUCCCCAGACUAUCACAGAAGCUUAUUGUCUGAAAGAUGAGUGGAAGACGCGUGUACUCUAAACUUGGAGAGAAUGUUAGUGCACGUUACUCAGAUGCCAAGAACGUGAAGUCACGGGGUCAAAAAUAUUGUAUGUACUGUAUGCAGUAAACUUCUCAUGCUGUUUCGAAGAUGAACAUUUCAACCCGCCGUCGGAUGUGCCACUAAGCCUCCCCUAACUGUCGUAGCGGAGGUGAGCAAUGUCCCAACAUCAACGGGCUAGUGAUGGUACAAAAAUCAUUAUCGG